AUGUUAAUAAAUUUCCAGGGUAUCUGUAAUAAAAAAUCUGAACUAAAGGUCUUGUUAGAGGAGUUCAAACCUGACAUUGUGCAAGGAACCGAGACAUGGUUAUCUUCUUCAAUUCAUAGCAAUGUAAUUUUCCCAGAUGACUAUGUAGUAUUUCGACGGGAUAGGCAAGUGGGUCAGCAUGGGGGUAUCCUGACGGCAUGCAGAAAUGACUUGGUGAUGUCACGUAAGGAGGAAUUCGAGGGAGAUGGUGAGAUUCUUUGGACGCAGAUUAAGCAUCAAGGUCGACGAACAUUGUUGAUAGGAACUGUCUAUAAGCACAAACACGAUGAUAAAGAUACAGUCAAUGAAUUGGAACAAUCCUUUGGGAAAAUAAGUAGGAAAGGAAAGCCUUAUAACAUAUUGCUUUCAGGGGACUUUAACCAACCAAAUGUGAAUUGGGAAGAGUCAACGAUUUUGGCAAAUCAUGCUGCCUCCAAGGAGACAGCCCAGGCUCUCCUUGAAACUACAACUGGAUUUGAUCUGACACAAGUUGUUAAGGAACGUACAAGGAGAAAUAAUAUACUUGAUUUAAUCUUCACAAACAACACUGGUCUUGUCAGUGAUGUCAAGGUUGUUGCUAGGGUAAGUGACCAUGAAAUUGUUAUAGCUGACUUGAACUUGCAAGCGAGAUGGAAGAGGCAACCUAGGAAGAGUUAUUUCGUACGGAAGAAAGAAAAUGUGGAACAGAUCAACUCCAGCAUAGAAGAUUUGGGGAGAACUUACUUUUCAUUGCAAGAAGCUUCAGUGCAAGAGAAGUGGGAUUUGAUAGAAGGGGGACUGAAAAGAAUCAUGAAGGCUCACAUACCACAAAAGAAGGCCGCCAAGAAGGCCUUGCGAAAGUCGCUAAACUCAGCAGAGCGUGAGUUUGCGUCUAAUAGACUUUCUGAUGCACUGAGGGAUAAUGUCAAGCAGUUUCGGUCUUACAAGAAACGACUUGGCAAUAGUGAGGCAGGCGUAGCAGAUCCGAUAGUUAAUAACAAGAUAAUUAGUGAUGGAAGGGAAAAAGCAGAAGUCCUCAACGCUCAGUUUGCAGGAGUAUUUACACAUGAGGACUGUUCUAAUAUCCCGGAGUUGGGCACAAGCAACAUCCCAGCCAUUCCAGAUUUGAAAAUCUAUGAAGAGGGUGUGCUAAAACAACUUCGGAACCUCAGUCCCAACAAAGCUCCAGGACCAGAUCAGAUUCCUCCUUGGUUCCUGCAGAUGUUCGCGGAUAAGUUGACACCUAUUCUCACCGAUCUGUUCCAAACAUCAGUGGAUACUGGCACCCUUCCCCGCCAAUGGAAGGAGGCAAAUAUCUGUGCUGUGUUCAAGAAAGGAAAUAAGCAAUCACCAGAUAACUAUAGACCGGUUUCUCUGACAUGUGUUCUGAGUAAAGUCCUGGAACACAUUGUCCACUCCCACAUCAUGGACCAUUUUGGAGACUAUGGGAUUCUGGUGGACUCUCAACAUGGGGUCAGAGCAAGGCGUUCUACAGAAACACAGUUGAUUUUAACAGUUAAUGAUGUGGCAAAAGCUCUUGAUAGGGGAGAUUCCAUUCACAUGGCAAUAUUGGACUUCACAAAGGCCUUUGAUAAGGUUCCGCACGAACGCCUUCUGGGUAAACUUAAUCAUUAUGGAAUAAAAGGAAAUCUCCUAAACUGGAUCCGGGGUUUCUUGACUGGAAGGUCACAGAGGGUAAUAUGUGAAGGGAGCACGUCAUCCUCCAAAGAUGUUGUAUCAGGCGUUCCGCAAGGAACAGUUCUCGGACCACUGAUGUUCCUGACAUAUAUCAACGACAUGCCUGACAAGUUAAAAUGUCAGGCUAGAUUGUUCGCGGAUGACUGUUGUAUACCCCAGUUGCAAAAGAGGAAGACAUGUGCAACUUGCAAGAUGAUCUCCGGUUGCUGGAAAAAUGGCAAAGUACAUGGAAAAUGA